CUCCGGUACAGUAGGUGGCGGUAAGCACCUUACAAGUAAUGGCUGCAAUCCGCCAUAUAACCAAAAGAAGAAGAAAAAAGCCGGAGGCUCAUUGGUUACGUCAAGCCGUUGCCUUCCCAGACAAGCUAAGGUCGCUACAGCAGUUCGAAGCAGACAUGAUGGCUCUCGCUGCCCGGUCAGGGGCUUUUUCCCCUUACAUGCAGGCUACAGCUGUUGCUGUCGCUGGCCCCCUGAAAGCACUGGUACCCGGGGUUGUGGUGAAAGGUGAGAAGAUUUUGUUGACCCCGAAAAAACAGUUCCUGUGCCGCGAAUCGCUCAGUGGUCAAAGCCCAAAGACGGGGCCUGCUGUGACAGUUAGCAUCAAUGGCUGUGCAGCGGUGCGUUACGCCCACACAGACGUGCGGGUGCCAGACUUCUCUGACUACAGGCGCCCCGAGGUGCAGGACCCCAGCAAGUCGUCCCAGGACAGCAGCGAGGGGAGGAGGGCCUUCUCUUACCUGGUGACGGGUGCCACCACCGUGGUGGGCGUCUACGCAGCCAAAACGGUUGUCUCUCAGUUUGUGUCUUCCAUGAGCGCGUCGGCAGACGUCCUGGCCCUAUCCAAGAUCGAGAUCAAGCUGAGCGACAUACCUGAAGGCAAGAACAUGACCUUCAAGUGGAGAGGCAAGCCGCUGUUUGUGCGUCACCGCACGGAGAAGGAGAUUGCCACGGAAGCAGGCGUCAACCUGGCGGAGCUGCGGGACCCGCAGCACGACAAGGAGCGUGUGCAGAACCCCAGCUGGGUCAUCGUGCUGGGCGUGUGCACACAUCUGGGGUGUGUGCCCAUCGCCAACGCUGGCGAUUUUGGAGGCUACUACUGCCCAUGCCACGGCUCGCACUACGACGCCUCAGGCCGCAUAAGGAAAGGCCCCGCUCCCCUCAAUCUGGAGGUCCCCUUCUACGAGUUUCCGGACGAAAACACGGUGGUUGUUGGAUAGAGAACGCGAUAAACAGCAGGUGUUAGUGUUCACGUGUCAGUACUGCUGCCAGCUGCAGCGGGAAACUUUUUCUCAGUAUCACAU